AUGACCAACCAUACCGACGAAACCAAUAAAAGCACUGCUUCAGACCCGUGGGCCGAGCUUACGAGGCCUCGAACAAAGGAUGAUGUUCUAUCCACUUUAUUAUCAGAAUACGACGACGAUGAUCUGGAUAUUGAGGCUGGCACUGGAAAGAAUGGAGAAUCAUCGUCCAACAGGAAUAAUAAUUCAUCCACCCCAUUCGCACAAAAAUCGGAUGAUGAAUACCCUGCAGACUGUGACUACGAUUAUGACGAUGACGAUGAGAAUGACGAAGAAACUUCCCCAUAUUUUUAUCGGCGUAUUCUACCAAGAGAUCGGCAAGCCAUACAAGCCUUGCACGAAGAGUGGUUCCCAGUAUCGUACCAAGAAGAAUUCUAUGAUCAUUUGGUGAUGGAAGAAAUGUGUCAUAGCAAUGCCCCGCUGUAUACCAACCUCUUGUGUCAGCCCAACACUGCAAGCCAGCAUGAUGAUGAAGAUGAAAUUUUGGCUUGUCUAGUGGGGAUAUCAUUGGAGUGGAAUAAAUUGAACAGUCAAACACGACAAAAUUUAUUACCGGACACUCCCUAUUACAAAGGUAAACACAAACGAGUCUUUUACAUCAUGACACUAGGGACAGUUGAUAAAGUUCGAAAUCAAGGCUUGGCCACAACAAUGAUUGAAGAAUGUAUGCAGCAAGUCGUUGAGAACGAUCCAGCGUGCGGUGCCCUGUACCUUCAUGUGAUCACUUCCAAUGCAUCUGCCAUUCGGUUUUACGAGCGACUCCACUUUUGGAGGGUCCAAGAAAUUGAAGACUACUACACCAUUGAUGGUGAAAAGUACAAUUGUUAUCUCUAUGCACGCUAUUUCCAUGGUAAUCGUGGACACCUGGGCCCAGUCAAGGCAUUUACUGGUUGGAUUUCUUCCAUUCUGAAGAAGGCCUUCCGACCGCCGAGAAAAAACAAUUGGAACCGAAAGAUUGCCCGAAAGGGUAUGACCCAAAACAAUGGCAACAGAUUCAAAAGGAUAGAUGUUGAUGCAAAUGAAUUUGACUAA